AGACCAGUGCGCAAAGACACUCUGGAUGCCCAUUCACGAGCGCACACUGUAAAGUACUGUUUUAUGCAAGACGGUGGUUCAUAUCUAUGAGUGUAAUAACUUCACAUCAUCGGACAUUAUUACUAUUGCGAUAUUUCCAUCAAGCUAUUUUGAUAUAUUGAGAUUGUCGAGGAGUAGUCUGAAUAAAUAGUAGAGCGCAACCAUUCCAAAGAGUGUUCUGGCGAUUUGGAAUGUAUACAGUACUUCAUGGGGAGUGAGCAGAAUGCUACUUCCUCUGGACAUUCAGAAGAUGAACACCUCCACCGCUGAGUCUGUUGUCACAACGUGUCCCCAGAUGAUGAGAUAUGAGCUGAACACUAGCUGCAACUGGUCCUGGCCUCUAUGUAAUUGGACAUCUAGUGGUGAUAGGCUCCUGCUACCCACAUUCUCUACCGCUGCUAAAGUCAGAGUGAUCAUUACUUUUAUCCUGUGCAUCAUAUCUGCUUUCUGUAACCUUGCUGUGUUAUGGGCUUCUAAUGGCAAGAACAAGCGCAAGUCCCACGUCCGUGUCCUAAUCUUGAACCUAACUGUUGCUGACCUGCUGGUCACAUUCAUUGUGAUGCCAGUGGAUGCAGUAUGGAACAUUACAGUGCAAUGGCUGGCGGGGGACUUUGCCUGCAGGCUACUGAUGUUCCUCAAACUCCAGGCCAUGUACUCCUGUGCUUUUGUUACUGUGGUGAUAAGUCUGGACCGCCAAUCAGCCAUCCUCAACCCUCUGGCUAUCAACAAGGCUAGGAGGAGAAACAAAUUUAUGCUGACUGUGGCGUGGUUGAUGAGUAUAGCUCUGUCGGUGCCUCAGUUGUUGAUUUUCCACAACGUGACCAUCACUUUUCCAGAAGAGUUUACUCAAUGCACGACACGAGGCAGCUUCUUCAAGCACUGGCACGAGACAGCUUACAACAUGUUUACCUUUUCUUGCCUAUUCCUGCUCCCUCUGGUCAUAAUGAUUACUUGCUACACCAGGAUUCUCAUUGAAAUUUCGAGGAUGACGAAGGACAAUUUUUCCUCAAAUGAAGUGCACCUGCGCCGUUCCAAGAACAACAUUCCCAAAGCCCGCAUGAGAACUCUGAAAAUGAGCAUUGUGAUCGUCCUGUCUUUCAUCAUUUGCUGGACCCCAUAUUACCUGCUGGGUCUUUGGUACUGGUUUUUCCCUGAAGACCUGGAGGGAAAGGUCUCUCACUCCUUAACCCACAUCCUCUUCAUUUUUGGUCUCUUCAAUGCAUGCUUAGAUCCCAUCAUCUACGGCCUUUUCACCAUCCACUUCCGUAAAGGACUGAAGCGAUACUACCACAAUGCAACUAGAAUGUCUGAAAUAGAGAAUAAUACUGCCAUCACUGGAUCUUUCAGGUGCUCUGCCACCUAUUUGGCCUUGAAAAGGCAUGCCACUGACAGACAAGAAAGACAACAACCCAGUCAUGUCCAGAAAGAACCAGAACCAACGUCCAGCAAAAAAGUCAUCUAUUUAACCAUUUACAAUGACCAUGGAGGUGUGGAUCUCAGUCGGUCCAGUCCUGAUGGCUUGGUGUGCGAUGAAGAGAAACUCAACAUUGAAUCACUGCAACUGUGAAUAUAACCAUAUUAUAUAUUAAGUGUUUCAAUAUUGCGUUCAAUUAGUAAAAUCCUGUGUAGUCUUACAGAAAAGGAAAAUGUGAGUUGCCUCCGGUGGGGCAAUGCCCUUAAUGUGUCUCUGAAAAAAGACUAAAAUCACUUCACAGGGUUAUGUAACAUUACAUGUGCUUUACAGUAUGAGGAAAAUGAAUGUCUUGAUGUCUUGUGAACCGUUCUUGUCACAAAUACGGAUUGAGGGGGAAAUAUGCUUGCUUGUUGUUGUGUCCUGUGUUAAAUCCAAUACUGCUGUUUUCUGAGUUGAGUACAUUGGCAUGUAUUUAAUCAUGCCCCUUCAAAGCAGGGAGGGAAAUUGCAGGGGCAUAGCCAUGUUUAUAAGCAUGUCAGUAUGGGAUCAUUCAGUGUUGCCCUCAAAAUACGUGCCAGUAUUGUGGUGCAAACAUACUUCUGCUUUUAGUGAUCUACUUGGACCCCUCAAGGGAUCACAGAAUAUAAUCAUUGAUGAGUAACAGCAAGGUCAGCAAAGAGCAUUUAUGCCCUGACUACCUGGACUGGGACAAAUUCAGUACUCUUGACAGAAACAGAUAAGGAAUGCCCUUUGUUCUGUAACCCCAUGAGGGAUAUCUCAAUGUGCAGUACAAGCUCUCCUGGCUUUAAUCAACUGUUUAGCCUGUGAUUACUGAAAUGUGUUGUCCUCAUCCCUGUCCAGUCCCUCGAGGGGGAAAUAAGAAAUUAAAUCGUUGGUGAUAAAAAAAGAAAAAGAAGAAGGGUAUGGAUCCUCUACUAGCACCUGCUGAAUUCUGAAGAGCAAAAUGAUGUUUGAGAGGGUUCUUUUCGAGUCAACAAAUGCACAAAAACAUUUUAUGACCAUGUAUAAUUUUGGUAUGCAUAUU